GGUAGCAUGUAAACAGAAACGCGAUCUAGUCGUGGUCCGCAACGGCCGGAAAGUGAAUAAGCCGUGCCGGCACACGCGGGCUUGGUGUCACCGAGUGGAAGAUUUGUGGACGGUCGUGCCCAGUGUGUGGGAACCUUGCCAUGAGCCUUUACAACUCACCGCCUGCUGCGAUGAUGCGGAAGAGAAAAAAGUAGCUGCAAUGACGCCUUCCGUCCAGCUGCCAAGCACCAGGAAAGGCGGCCCUGACGGUUGUCGGAGCUGGUUCAUCGCCUCGCUAUGCUUCCUGGUGAACCUGCUGUUUUCCUCGUUUUUCCGCUGCGGUGGACUUUUCUUCACUUCUAUGAUGAGCACGUACCAAGCGACAAGGGCACAAGCAGCAAUGCCGCUGGGUGCCUACUGCGGCUUCGUCAAUCUUUCGGGUCUAGUGGCUGGAGCUCUCAUACACUCAUGCGGUAUGAGGAUCAGCGCGUUACUAGGCGGACUGCUUAUGUCAGCAGGAUGUCUUGCGUCAGCGUUUGCUACUGGAAUACCAUUCCUGGUUGUAUCAAUCGGGGUAAUCACAGGCUCCGGGCACGGAAUCCUGCUCUCCUGUGUCAUCGUGGCUGUGAACGAGCACUUUGAUAGGAGACGUGGCACGGCCCUCGGAAUCAACAUGGCUGGUGCACCUGCAGCCUCCUUCAUGUUUCCUAAAGUUUUCGAUUUCUGUCUGGACGAGUACGGCUUGCAAGGAACUUUCGCGCUCGUGGGAGCACUGUUGCUAAACAUUGGGCCGAUCAGCGUGCUUUUUCGUGAGCCGCCCUGGAUGAGGGAAAAGUACUUGAAAAGACAUAAAGUAACCAGCAAGAGAGCCAGCAGUGAAGCAGAUGAGCAGCAGGAGAAGAACGCAACCCGUUCUGUCAGCUGCUUAAAAUCGGGUUUGCGACCUCUAGUUAACAGCAGCGACGAACUCGGAUGCUGCGAUCCGGAUAGCGACGACGACAUAAUCAUUACUUAUUUAAAGCACUCGACAAGCUCCAGAUUCGCAAAGUUUCCGCUCUCGAUUAGCCUUAAUGCUGAUAAGCGUUCUGUGAUGAACAGCCAUUGCACAGGGGACAUGGUAGAGACCUUAGAUACCAGCGAUGCGAACGGCGAAAAGCGAAAAUCACCGUCUUCGAAGGAGGACGAACAAAGCAACGCCCGCAUUACAGGCGCGAGAAAAGAUAACGAAGUGUGGUGUGCCUGUGUGACCUGCGUAUCUAACGGUGAAUGCUUUCACCGAACUUCGCAACAUCCUCUAAAUUCAUCAAAGUUGAUUCAGGUACCCAGUACUGUUGCACUGGAAAAUGUGUCGGUGAGGUGUAUGGAGCGCACCAGAGCAUGGGGAACUAACAUGCAAACAAAAUCAAUAAAAAGCUCGUUGCUCGCUUUUACGGACGCUCUUGUACCAGGGGAAGAUUUGAGAAGUCAAGUGGAACAUGAGACAUAUACUUUGAAGAAAAAUUAUUGUGGUGUUACGCUCCGAUCAACAGAGGAAGUGUCAUUGCAUUUGCGGUAUUCAGCGAAGGAACGUCGCAAACGAUCUGUUUUGCGUAGCGCUAAGGAUGUUCUGUCUAUGCCGCGGUUUUACGCGCACAUGUUAAGCUACUUCUUUUUCUCCUUCUUUUUGGAUACAUUUCUGGCUGUCGCGGUUGACUGUGCAGUGGACACUGGAAUUAGCAGAGUAAAUGCUGCUCAUGUUCUCACUUUCUUCUCUGUGACCGACAUAGCUGGACGACUCCUGAUACCCCAACUCACCGAUUACAACAUUGCAUCUCCACUUGGCGUGAUGACUCUUUCUUACUUCCUCAUGGCCGUUAUCGGCUCUGCGAUGCCUCAUGCCCAAACUACUGUUGUGUUUUGGAUUCUUGUUGUAACGCUUGGACUUCCUGUUGGCUACGUUAUGGUCGCCAUGUCUCAAACUAUUGCAAGUGACGUCGGCUUACACAACCUUCCCAUGGCGUAUGGCUUCGUAGCAGCAGUGACAGCUGUGGGAGCAUUCAUGAGGCCGCUGGUAAUAGGGUAUUUCCGGGACGCAAAUGGAUCAUACAGCGGACUCUUCCACUUCAUGGGCGGAAUGGUUUUCACAUCUGUUGUUCUCACUGGUUGGCUGUGGGUUUCAAGUACAAGAAAAAAUAAACUCAAGCGCAACGCUUUGUCGGUCGAGGCAACGGCGGAGUAAAUGUAUGGCAGCCAAUUGCUUGGUCGGGCUUCAGUA